AUGCCGUAUGUCAGUUUAACAAAAGCCAAUGAGCAACCGGUGCUCCGGCAACCUCGCCGGACAAACUUAAUAGUGUGGUGUGGUGCAAUCCUCUGUUUAAUCUUCAGCCUCCUGCUCAUCUUCUUCGGAGUCGGAACUUUGAUAGUCUAUCUCGUCAUCAAGCCAAGAAUCCCGGCAUUUGAUACCCCAAUUGCAAGCCUCAGUGCCAUCUACUUUGACUCGCCGGAGUAUUUCAAUGGUGAUUUCACCUUCGUUGCGAAUUUCUCCAACCCGAGUCGGAAACUUGAAGUGAGAUUUGAGUACGUAGAAAUCGAGCUCUACUUUUUUGACAGUCUCAUAGCAACUCAAGCACUGCAGCCUUUCACGCAGAGACAAGGGGAAGCAAGACUGGUAUCGGUUCACAUGACAUCAAGCUUGGUUUAUUUGCCCCCAAACAUGGCGCUAGACCUUCAAAAGCAGGUACAGAGAAACAGAAUCAUGUAUAAUAUAAGAGGAACUUUCAGAGUGAGAGCUAACCUGGGUCUGCUUCAUUUUUCUUAUUGGUUGCACGGACGAUGCCAAUUAGAGAUGACUGGUCCACCUACAGGUGUUUUGCUUGGCCGGAAUUGUAGAACCAAGAGAUGAAAAUGCAGAACAUGUAUUGUUUCCUCUGUUUUCUCCGUUUUCUUUCACCCAAAUUGUUCAGGUUUUUGUCUAAAUGGCAAUUUUCACGUAUCUGAUGGUGUGUAUACAACUCUUUUUGUAUUGUACCUUCACAAGGGAUGUUCUUGUACAAUUGCAGAAUCAAAUAACACAGCCAAAGAGCUUCAUUUUA